CAAUGACUACUUUAGUCUUGCUUGUGGUGGCUGCCCUGCAUGCGGUCUCCUGUAAGCUUCUCUUGGUCCAAGAUCUGAUGUCUCCCGCGCUGAGCCCUGCUGCACUUCUCUCUCCACUGCCAUCUUUCACCAAUGGGACCACACCGGAGGGGACAGUUGGAGGCAGUGGUGGUGGCGAUCUGCACCAGGCUCUGGGAACAAUGCUCUUUCACAGGUCAAAGAUGAAUGAAUAUCUCUGCCACAACUACCUCGCAGAUGAGAUACUCUCCGACCUAAGGCCUCUCCAGAGCCGGUCAGGAGAGCCCAUGGAGCCCGAAGGGUUCACGCCCAAGCCGACCAAAGAAGGUGGCCACGAACAACUUCUCACGGACCCAGGCUCAACCUCGUAUCGCGAAUGGCUAGAAAAGUCAGCACAAAUGAAGGAUCUCUACGCCCAAGCAGGAAAGGAGACUGACCAAGGAGCGUAUGAGACUGGAGAUGUGACAGGGUACGCCACUGUGCAAGAUAAAGGAGCCGGCUAUAAUUAUCCCCCACCAGUCGAGUUUUCUUCAACGGGAGGUUGGGGUUCUAGCGGAGGAGGAGGAGGGUGGAAGGUAGAUGGAAGUGGAGGUGGAGGAGGAUGGAAGGUGGAUGGUGGCUGGGGCGGUGGUGGUGGCGGUGGGUGGAGUGGAAGUGGAGUUGAGGGCCAAGGCUGGAUUGAAAAUAGUGGAUCAGGAUGGGGCUGGGAGGAGCAGGAGACUGGAAAAGGAUUGGCUCUGAAAGACCUGUUCGACCUGGCUCUCACCGCUUUGGCUUUUCUUGCUUUCGGGAUCUUCGUACUCAACCUCAUAAUGACUUGUUUUGCGAAAACACCCAAUAUGACUGUUCUCAUGGCAGCCACGACGGCAGCCCCAGGUGCUCGUGGCCGAGAUAGACGGGAGGCCCACAACCACUCUCAACUGAACGAACUCGCCUACCGCGUACUCACGUCUGUGGAUAAAUUUCUCGAACUUCAAGAAGACCGGGAAGCGAGGAAAGGAUGUAUGGAGUACAUCCUUUGUGAUAACAACAAGUACUCCAGAGCUCUUAAUGACAGGAAUAAGCUGUGGCUACCAGUUUGGAGCUUUGGGAUGAGUUGGAUGGCUGGACGACUCAACGGACGCGGCCUUUCUGCUAUGGAUCACAUUCGUGCAGCGGUACUAGGGCUGGGAGGUGCAGAGUGUCGCAAGCUUUACCCGCAUUGCUCUCAAUCCAAUUUAAAAUCAAAGUAAAAAAAUGAACAAGGCAAUAGCGACAGUAAUUCAAUAUACUCGUAUUUCGUAUUACAAUACGAGUACAAUAGAACUAACUCUUUAUUGUCCCUGUUCUAUAUUAUAUAUAAAUACAUUAGUCCGACUUUUCAUUUUUUUCAUAUAUUACUUGUAAUGUUAUUAUGACUAUCAUUUAAAUUUUCUGGUUCUCGCCACGUCAAAUAUUUUCUAACAGAAUUUCGAAAUAUUCCGUUCUUGCUAUAGAGAAUCAUCUUCAGUCAAUUUAUAUUAAGCCGAAACUAGCAGGACCAGCCUAGACUAGUCUAGCUUGUUGUAAUUGAGGGGAACACGCUUAUCUACUCUUAUUUUCGUCAGUAAUGAAAUCACAAUAAGUCCAGAGUCGCUGAAAUGAGUUUCCUGGUGGGAGUGGGUAGCUGCAGUCGUUACGUUGUGGAAAGCAUGAAAAAGUUGUAGAAAACUUGCAGUGUAGCCACUCCACCAAGGAGGAAUUAAUGCUGAUCGUUUGUAGGAUCAGCAUUAAACUUCCGCAGGUGAUUGAGAAAAUCAAAUCAAAUCAAAUCAAAUCAAAUUACUCUUUAUUUUCAAAGAUACAAUAAUUCCAAUUACAUGAUUAUUAUUAUGAAAAUACUGUCACAUGGGCCGAGGCCUGUGCGUGACGGCGAGCUCUUAUUCACAACAAUUUUAAUAGAACAGCCUUUUUUAUAAAUCCAUAAAGACUUUGUAUCACAUUGGCUGAGCAAAUUUGGCUAAUCAACGAACAAUGUGGCCUCUGCCACAAGCUCUGUGGAGCCAAAUUCCUCAUACACCAUCCACAUGGCGAAGCUAUAACUUUGGUUUCCUCUGCGCUCCUUCCAAUGUAUCUUCUCAAAUUUAAGUGUAGAAUGUACCACAUUAAAUUAUCUUUUAAGAACGCCGAAAGCUGAACUAACUUCCUAAUAUCCAAGGAGCGACAGAUAAAAUUAUAUUAUACAUUAGAUUAUAUUAAGAAAACACAAUAUAUUCAAGGAAGCUCAUAAAUUAAAGAAUUUGUCUCAACAGCUUAUUUGAUACCAAUAAGUGAAAGGGUCCACUGUGCGUACCUGGAGUCAGUGGCGUAACUAAGGUAGCUGUCGCCCCUGGCCAAACUUUAAAGAGGCGUCUCUUGUUUGAUAAAAAGCUUGCGCUCAAUCAAAAUGAAACUUAUUUGCGCAAAAUAAUCAGAUUUACUGAAAAUAAGUAUAAUUUACAACAAUUAAAUUUUAAUUGCCCAUUUCCCGCCUCAAUAGAGGAGAAGAGACAAAGAAGUGCCGUUACGUGUCAGUCACAAUGUAUGCUACAACAACUGAUUUAUUUCAUCCCAAAACUAAUGAAAAUAAAAAAAAAUUAUACAACUGAAAUUUGGCAACAUCUUGUGACGCGUUUAACUACAAAAAUCACAUUAAAACAAUGUGGUUUCUCCUUUCACAGGCAAGGAGUAAGAUGUGUUUUAAUCUAUACAGUAGUUCUCUUGUUUUUAAAUCAGAUCUUCUUGUUUCUAUUUUAUAAUUGUACUGUUAAAUUAUUAAAUUCUUUUCGUGUAUCGAACAAUUACAAUUUGUUGAAGAAAAGUAUCAGAGUCAUGAAAUAUAAUAAUAUUAGGAAUGUGAUAUUGUAAUUUGAUGUUAACUAAAUGCUAAAGUUCUUUUAUACUCUGAAAAUUAGGUACCUAUGCCCUAGAAUCCUUACUUUCCAAAACUAUUAGCCCUACACUAAGGUACUGGGUACUCCAAAAAUCAAAAGACAUCUUUUCCUUUGUAAAAAAAGUAAUUUUUAGAAACACAAUAAUAUAGGCCCUCCUAUUAUUUUUUUUACCUUACAGUUACUGUAACCAGUUUGGUAAUUAUUCUUAAGUUAAAAUAUUAAUGUAAUUAAAUAACAUUUUUACCAUA